AUGGAUGGACCUCAGAAAGAUGUUGCAAUACGAGAUGAUAUGCCUUAUUUCACAACUGCAAAGGUGGAGAAACUGAAAGCAUCCUCUAUUUUUGACAGAGCAUCAGAAAUCUGGAGUGCACUUAGCAAGAGGUAUUCACAGGCUGAUCCUCACAGAAUUGCUGAGCUCCAGAAUGAAAUCUUCACCACUGUGCAAGGAGUUCUGGUCAUGGAUCCAAUUCCUGACAUAGAAAAGGUUCUUAAUAUGACCCUGAAAAUAGAGAGAAAGAUCAAUGGUACCAUCAACCAAAAGAGUACUGAGCUUAUUCAGUCAAAUGUCAUCCAAACCAGCGAGGAUCAACACAUAGAUGAACAAGGAAUCAUUGCUUUUUCAGCUUCUAACAACAAGAAGAAAUUCAAUAAUGGAGGAAGGAAUGUACCUAAGUGUACAUAUUGCAAUAUGACUGGCCAUACCGUUGAAAAAUGUUACAAAAAACAUGGCUAUCCUACAAGAUGGAUUGCAGGUAAAUCUAGAAAUAAACAGACUCAGGAUGCUCAUAAUUCCUCUGUGAACCAAGUUGGGGAUAUAGGAAUGAAUGCAGAACAAUUCCAAAGGCUGGUGAAUCUAUUACAGAAUCAGAAUCAAGCAAGUCAGUCAACAACUAAUGUUGUUGUCACCAUGAAUAACAAUGGGGAAUCCAAUGAAGGCAGGUUCAUCUCUAAUCUACAUGUUAAUAAUGCAGUAGAUACUAUAUGGAUCUUGGACUCAGGUGCCACAGAUCAUAUUGCAUGCUCACUAGAAUACUUUGAGAAUUGUUAUAAAGUUCAUGGAUUAUCUGUCAAAUAA